GGUUAUGAUUCUUGAGAAAGAGAGAGGAAGGAGAAAAGUCUGGGGUUGGGUGGUGGGUGGAAAUGCCUAGCGUCGGUGUAAAAUUCUCUAGUGUUGUCUUUAAGCAUAUGUUGAAGCAUCGGCUGCAGAACCGAAUCCAAAACGUAGAUGGAACCGAUGGCGCCACCUCAUUUGGCGUCACGUCCCGCCCGGAGGAGGAACCGAUCGCCGCCGCUAAUCCUGUGUUCGCCGACGCCGUCGCCACCAAGGAUAUACAUAUCGAUCCCUUAACUUCUCUCUCCCUCAGAAUAUUCCUUCCCGAUACCUGCCUCAACUCCCCGGACUCCCAUCCCAAGCUCCAAUCCAAAUCUAAGGACAACGAUUCAUUUAAAAAGUCGGAUUCCUUCUCAGGACCCGAUCCUAACCAGCCUCUUUUUCGCCGGAACAGCAUUGAUUCUCUUGCCUUUAACAAUAUCGCGGAUGUUUCGCAGACGGAGAGGAAAGGUCAUAAUCGGAGAAAUAGCGACGGAUGGCGUGACAUUGACUUGAAUUUGAUAAGCGGCGAGAAUGGGGUGUACAUCGGAUAUUCACCGGCCGGUAAGAAACCUAGAAAAUUGCCGGUGAUGUUGCAAUUUCACUCUGGCGGAUUUGUUAGCGGGAGCAACAAUACGGUGGCGAAUGAUUUGUUCUGUAGGAGAAUUGCAAAACUGUGCGAUGUGAUUGUUUUGGGAGUUGGAUACAGGUUAGCUCCAGAGAAUCGGUUCCCGGCAGCCUUUGAGGAUGGAUUGAAGGUGCUGCAUUGGUUGGCGAAGCAGUCGAAUUUGGCAGGAUGUAGUAAAUCACAAAGUAGGAGCAAGCGCGGUGGUGGUGGAGGAGCAGAUUUGAGAAAGUCUGAUGUUCAGGAGCAUGUUGCCGAUGCCUUUGGAGCAUCAAUGGUGGAGCCUUGGUUGGCUGCUCAUGCUGAUCCAUCAAGAUGUGUCCUUCUUGGGGUAAGCUGUGGGGGAAACAUUGUAGAUUAUGUGACUCGGAAAGCUGUAGAGGCAGGUAAGCUUUUGGACCCAGUAAGGGUGGUUGCACAGGUUUUGAUGUACCCUUUUUUCAUUGGAAGUGUUCCAAUGAAUUCAGAGAUAAAACUGGCAAAUUCCUACUUCUACGACAAGGAGACAUGUAUACUUGCAUGGAAAUUAUUAUUUCCCGAGGAGGAGUUCGAUUUAGACCACCCUGCUGCCAAUCCACUUGUCCCGGGAAGGGGUCCUCCAUUAAAGAAGAUGCCUCCAACAUUGACAGUAGUGGCAGAGCAUGACUGGAUGCAAGAUAGAGCCAUUGCAUACGCAGGGAAACUCCGGAAGGUCAAUGUUGAUGCUCCUGUUCUCUACUAUAAGGAUGCGGUCCAUGAAUUUGCAACAAUUGGCAUGCUUCUUAAUACUCCUCAAGCUCAAGCUUGUGCUGAGGACAUUUCGAUCUGGGUUAAGAAGUAUAUUUCACUUCGAGGCCAUGAGUUUUCAUACUAAGUAAGUUGAUGGUUGAGUUAUAGUUUAGGUGUCUUCAUACUCGAUUCAUGGUGGGUGGGCUUUUCUCCUGAGGUUCACUCUUCUCCUUGUAAAAUAUUUUGAGGCGAUGUAGCAGGAAACACUGUUGCAGUUGUCUACAUUUUUGUACCAUCUCUUGUGAAUAAAACUUUUUUGUAAUGAAAUAUAUCCUAAUUCUCUUC